AUGAAGGUGUUCUGGGACAAUAUCCAGGGCAUUACCAAACCUGCCAUCCAUUGUUUGGCCCUCAAAGGAGAUAUCAAGUGCAAUUUUUGA